AUGGAGUUCAUGGCAAGUAAGUCUACAUACCCAAAAGGGCAGAUUUUGCAGAGCUGGUGCUGCAAGGUCCAGAGCCUCCAAGCCUGUGAGAUUUUGACUAACUUUAUUGGAUUGAUAUUUUCUAGAGCAUUGGAUAUGCAAAUCUGGCUAAACUGGAUCCUCAGUAUGGUAUUUAUACAAAGUGUUGUGCCACCGCGUGUCUAUGCUGUAAUGGGGACCUCUAGGGAGAUAGCCAUCGGACCGGUUGCCAUCGUGUCACUCUUGCUUUCAUCAAUGGCUCAAAAGAUAGCUGACCCAGCCAUCGAUCCAGCUUUCUAUCGAAAAACGGUUUUCACUGUGACAUUCUUUACUGGUAUCUUCCAGUUUGCAUUUGGUCUUUUCAGCUCCCCUGGGUCGCCCUCGCCGCCUAGCGAGCUCCUCUCGAGGUAUCGUCGGCCUGUCCCACCCGGCGCUGGUGGCGAAAUGCAAACACGCCACACCCCGCAAGCGAGAUCAGCUGGAUUUGCAGGCCAGCUAGACAUUGUCAGUGAGGAGCUCAGCCACACGUCCCUGCCCCUCUCCCUCAUUGAGAUGCCGGUGAAGCAUGGCCACAAAGCAGCGAUGCACAGCGGCUCCUCGGUGCGCGUAGCCGUACUCAUGUGCAGCCUGACAGAGCAGGUCAACGAUGGGUAUCCAGCCAAGCAGCUCGGUGUCGAUGACGAACUGCUCUGUCUCCUCCCCAUCCGCGCCCACCUCGGCGUUGGUGACGCUCGCGUGGGGUCACGGGUCAGGUUUUCAUACCUUUCUAUUGUAACAAUACGCAGAGAUCUCCUGAAAGCGUACUCCCAAUGUGAAAAUGGAUCUGAGAUUAUCAAUGUGCAGAACUCAUGGUUAUCAAGUAACUCAAGUGUUCCAAAGCCACCCGUAAAUGGGGCAGAGGAAUCACGGCAAAGCGCCCAGGAAGGAUCUGAAGGUGAUUCAGAUGAUGACUUGCCCCCUCUCGAGAAGAAUCUGAACCACCUGAACCUCGACGAAGACGAAGAAAGUGAGGAAGAGAGUGAAAGCGGUAAACUUAUGGGCUGA